AAGAUACCAAUACCAUUGACUAAAUCAAAUAUCAUUUAUGCUCAAUUUAUUGUCCAAGUAAAUAACCCACUUUACGUUUUUUUAUUUCCUUGUUCAAAAUUAUACAAAAUCAAAUUAUGCUCUCUUUGUUUCUUACAAAAAAUAUGCUAAGAUCAUAUUCUUCCACUAGUGGCAAUUGUUCACAAAUAAUCACUAUCUCACCAUGAUGAUGAAUCUUUGAUAGAGGAAAUUUUUAUUCUUCUUCUCUUUAUAAAUCAAAUGUUCUCAAAAUAAAAUGAACAAAAAAAAAAAAACUUUAGAGGUUGAUCAUCAAUGGGUACCAAAAACCUUGUUACGCUGAAAACUCAUAUUUUCUCAAUCAAUUUAAGUUUCCCUAAUGAAUUUGUGUAUGAAAACUUGAUUUGGGCUUUGGCUUCUAUGUGGAGUUUCUUAGGCAACUAUGUUGUUCAUUCCAUUGGGUUGAUACUCACAUACAUAUUCAGAUGUCAAAGGAAAAAUGAGCAACUUGUUCUUGAACAAAAAAAUUUGAAUCAAAUUGAAGAUUAUGAGUUUGAUAAUUUCACAGAAGAGUUAGCUGAUUUGAUAUUUCCAAGCUAUGAAGAUUUUCAUAUUGUAAGUGAAGAAGGAAAAGAAGGAGAAACAGAGUACUCUGUUUUGGAAAAGAUUGAUUCUGAUAUUCAACAAGAUGAUGAGAAAGGUAAAGGAGAAAUAAAUUUAUUUGUUUUGAAGGAAAAAAACUAUGAUUUGAAUGAAUAUUGUAAGAAAAAUGAAGAAGAAACAAAAGGGUGUAUUUUUAGGCAUAGUGUUUGUGAUAAUGUUCAUGAAGGUGUUAAGAAAAUUGAUGAAUAUGAAACAGAGUGCUCUGUUUUUAAAGAGGGCGGUUCCGAUUUUAAUCAAGAUGAUAAGAAGAGUAUAGAAGAUGUUGAUGAAGAAAAAGAAGAAACAAAAGGGUCUAUUUUGAUUGAUACUAGCUAUGUUAAUACAACAAGUGAGAGUAAAUUUGUGCCACAAAAAGAUUUUGGUGAUUUGGAAGAACAAGAAGAACCUAUGCUAUUAAGGUUCUCUUUCCUAAACAAUGUUUCUUAUAUAAAAAAUGAAUUUUCAAGCAUUGAAAAUAUAGCCAAGAAGGAAAUAUUAGAGCAUAUAGAGGAAUUUCAUGUUGAUCAAGAAGAAGAAAGUGGAAAAUUCACUUCCAACUCAAAUGAUGAUUCUUUGACAUAUGAGAUUAUAGGUUCUAACAAUUCAUGUGAAGAGUUUGAUUGUGAAAGUCUAAAGAAAGUUGAAGAUUUGGUGGAAACUCAAAAAAUUUCAUUUGGUAGAGAAGAAGUCUCACAUGGUUUUUUUGAGUGCUUAAAUGAAAAUGAAGGUUCUUCGUAUCAUGAAGAAUACACAUUCGAAGAUAGCUUUGCGAAAAACGAAGAAAACUUCGAGAAAACCGAAGAAACUAUGUAUGAAGAAGAGUUUGAUGAAAGGGAAUAUGAUGAAGAAGAAGAUGAGGAUGAAUAUGAGUGGGAGAAUGAUGAGGUAAUGGAACAAAUAAAAUUGGAAAUGAAAAAUGCAAGACAAGGAGGACUUGCAACAAUUUUGGAAGAAGAAGAUGAUGUAGAAAGAGAGUACUCAUCAAAAGUUUUUGAAGAGAAAAUAAAGCCAUUGAGUAUUGAUGAGAAAAAGAUGGAAUACAAAGAUCACAUUGUUGAAAUUCAAAAGGUUUACAAAUGCUAUGCACAAAAGAUGAGGAAACUUGAUGUCUUGAAUUAUCAAGCAAUGCAUUCAAUAGGUCUUCUUCAACUAAAAGACCCUCCAAAAUUAUUUUUAAUGCAAAAAUCAACCGUCCAACAUAGCAAGCCUCUAAUGAUCCCUCAGAAUUUGUGGCCACGCAAAGCACAAAUUCACACAUCUGACCCAAUGUUGAAGCUUGUUAAUGAAUUGCAUAGGGAUUUUGAACUUGUUUAUGUUGGCCAAAUUUGUCUCUCUUGGGAAAUCCUAUGUUGGCAGCAUGAGAAAAUCAAAGAGUUGAAAAAAUAUGAUUCACAAUGGCCUCGUAGGUAUAAUCUAGUUGCUGGUGAAUUUCAACUUUUUCAAGUCCUUAUUCAACGGUUCUUAGAGGAUGAGCCAUUUCAACAAGGUCAUAGGAUUCAAAAUUAUGUCAAGAAUCGAUGUGUCAUUCGCAAUUUGCUCCAAGUUCCAACCAUCAAAGAUGAUAGUACAAAGGAUAAGAAAAAAGUUAAGUGGGGUGAAGAGGAUGCAAUUGCUUGUGAAAGGUUAGCACACAUAAUUAAGGAAUCCAUGCAAAUGUUUUGGGAAUUUGUAAAACCAGAUAAAGAGGAUGGGAAUGUGUUCCAUAAAGUAUCUCAUCACAAAGGGAAUGAGGGCAAGGACAAAGAAAUUUCAGAUCUUCUAGGGGAUAUCCAAACACAACUGCAUAAGAAGGAGAGAAAGCUGAAGGACAAACUGAGAAGUGGAAAUUGCAUGGUAAGAAAGUUCCGAAAACACAAUGAAGAUCAAAUUCAGCUGGAUCAUGAGCAGUUGCUGGCUCAAGUGGGAUUAAGGUUGAUUUCAAGGGUGAUAAACAUGAAAAAGUUGAGAAAAGAUCAUCUAAUAUGGUGUAGUGAAAAGUUAAACCAAAUCAAUUUUGUUGACAGGAAGAUUCCAGUGGAGUCUUCUUUUUUGCUUUUUCCUUGUUGAUUCAUUCAUUUGGCAACUUAAUUUAGAUAUAGAGAUUCGUGGUUAUGGAUUAUUCAGAAAAUUAUAUAGUUGUAUACAUAAAUUUUGAACUAUUCUUACAUAA